UUGUUAGUUCAGGAGCUGUAUCAGGAUAUUUAGGAUGCUUCCAAGACCAACACAACCGAGUCCUGACCGGAAAGUAUACACACACCAACUCCAUGACUGUUGAAAACUGCAGAAAGAUGUGUAUGAAGGAAAACAACCAGUAUUAUGGUGUCCAGGCUUCCUCUUGGUGCUUCUGUGGAGAUGCUCUUACAAAAUACGUUAAAAAACCAGAGGGAGAAUGCAACAUGAAAUGCGUCGGGAAUAAGAAGGAAAUUUGUGGUGGAGGGUGGAGAAUGAACAUUUAUAGAAACCCAGACUACAAUAAAGAAUAUUUAGGAUGCUUCCAAGACCAACAUAACCGAGUCCUGACUGGAAAGUAUGCACACACCAACUCCAUGACUGUUCAAAACUGCAGAGAGAUGUGUAUGAAGGAAAACAACCAGUAUUAUGGUGUCCAGGCUUCCUCUUGGUGUUUCUGCGGAGAUGCUCUUACAAAAUACGUUAAAAAAUCAGAGGGAGAAUGCAACAUGAAAUGCGUCGGGAAUAACAAGGAAAUUUGUGGUGGAGGGUGGAGAAUGAACAUUUAUAGAAACCCAGACUACAAUAAAGGAUAUUUAGGAUGCUUUCAAGAUCAACACAACCGAGUCUUGACUGGAAAGUAUGCACACACGAACACCAUGACUGUUCAAAACUGCAGAGAGAUGUGUAUCAAGGAAAACAACCAGUAUUACGGUGUCCAGGCUUCCUCUUGGUGUUUCUGUGGAGAUGCUCUUACAAAAUACGUUAAAAAACCAGAGGGAGAAUGCAACAUGAAAUGCGUCGGAAAUAAGAAGGAAAUUUGUGGUGGAGGGUGGAGAAUGAACAUUUAUAGAAACCCAGGCCACAAUAAAGGAUAUUUAGGAUGCUUCAAAGACCAACAUAACCGAGUCCUGACUGGAAAGUAUGCACACACCAACUCCAUGACUGUUCAAAACUGCAGAGAGAUGUGUAUGAAGGAAAACAACCAGUAUUACGGUGUCCAGGCUUCCUCUUGGUGUUUCUGUGGAGAUGAUCUUACAAAAUACGUUAAAAAACCAGAGGGAGAAUGCAACAUGAAAUGCGUCGGAAAUAAGAAGGAAAUUUGUGGUGGAGGGUGGAGAAUGAACAUUUAUAGAAACCCAGACUUCAUUAAAGGUUAAGAUUAGAAUUGUGAAUAAAUCGGUGAACUCAACAAAGUCAUCAUCUUUCCUUGAUGCUGUUUUCUGUAAUUUUUGUCAUGAAUUAAAUG